UCCGCCUCCUUCGGCCAGAUCAGUCGCAUCUCAAAAUUUCGCCCAAAAUUUGUUUUUUUCAUUCUCUGCGCAACCGAUUGUCUUUUGUUUUUUCGUCAUCUGUUUCGUUUAUUAAACAGAAACCCCCAAAAUAAGUUUGAACCCAACGUGAAUCGCGUGUCGUGAACUCAGAAAUUGUUUUUUUUGUUACUUUUAUCUUUUUGAUUGUCAAAAGAAAAGAUAAUUAGACAGUUGAUUAAAUCAAGUCGCCAAUGCCUUUAUCAGUCGCAAUGCCGUGCGGAUUCGAAGAAAAUCUGAUGGAUUUCGAAUGCAGUGGUGGUGGUGGAGUGGCGGGAAGUUGGGGGUCUGGCGGCCACACAGUGACGGACUUUGACCAUCCCGACCCGCUCCUGAUGGUCUCCCUCAACCCAAAAGAUCAUCACAGCAACGACGGAAUAGGAGCAAUUGCAGGAUCGAAAACGGAUUUGUCGUCUAGUUGGUGUCGGAACAGUAACAGCCGGUCGUCAUCCAUGAGCGGAUUAGCCGGAAGCGGAUCAUCAUCAACACCAGGCAACAACAGUAGUUGUAACACUAGUACAACUAUUACCAGCAGCAGCAAUAGUAGUACUUGCAACAGCAGCAGCAGCAGCAGCGGAUUGAGUUCAUCGUCCUACUGCCGCCGGCUGGGCUCGGCGUCCAACAGCAGCCGACGCAGCGCCACAUUUCAGCUGUGGAGUCCGCGCUUGAGGCUGCGGGACGAGCGCAAACGCGUCCUGAAAUUGUCGCUGGCCAAAUUGAGGCGGAUCGACGAUGCGGAAUCGUGUCUCAGACGGUCCGUCUUGCUCAACAACACGUUGAGGCGGUUGCAGCGCGACGCUAGAGACGAGAAAUCCGGCGGCGGACAGACCAACAACCACGUCAUUUCGUCGGCCGAGAACGACUGCAGCAGUCGACUCCACCAACAACAUCCGGCCGUGAGACUGUCGUCGUUGUCGUCGGAAGAAGAUAACAACAACCAUCAGGCGGAAUUGCAGACGAUGCGGUCGCUGCUGAGCUGCGACGAGUUGCCGCUGUUGAAUUCCGGAUCGUCGAUGGCCGGCGGAGAUUUGUCGAUGGUGGAAAACGGUGGAAGCCAAUCACGGGGGCCGGCCGGAUCCAUCAAGCGGCGGCGGACGUCGUCUGACGUCACGGCAGACGAUUUGGCUGCCUCGCUGGCCGCCGCCGGAUCGUUGUCUUCAUCGCUGGACUCGUCGUGCGGCGGAUUGAAUUUUGGCGAUUUGUAUCUGCCGCCCACGCCGCGCAUGAUCUCGUCGCUCGAGGACGAGGAAGAGGCCGCCGAAGCGUGGCAGUGCGUCAAGAGGCCAAAGAUCAGCAGCAACAGCACUGCCGGAAGUGACGUCAGUGGGCGGAACCGACCCGCUUUACGUCCGUGUAACUCUUUACCGUCACUGACGACGACAACGUCAUCAUCAUCCACCACCGCAACGAGUUCUUCUUCUUCAUCUAAUCAAAAUAAUUCGCCCAUUCUCACCGGAUAUACUUCGUGUUUGACUUCCGGACUCUCCCUCAUCAACGGAUCCAACUCUUCCUCGUCGUCAGCCGCAGCCGCAGCCGCCGCCGCCGCUGCCGCCCAGCAGUCCACCUACUCGUGCGGCCAGUCUUCGCUCUUUGGAGAACUUCAGUCGGUCGUCUUCCAUUCACUCAUCACUUCAUUAGAAUCGUAAAGACAAAAUCUUACAAAAAAAAAAUUUUUUUUUUCAUCCGCCCGGAAUUUUUUUUUCAUCCGCCCGGAAUGAAAAAAAAAAUUUUUUCACUCUGUAAAAUCGCCGUUGAGUGUCUUUAUUGACCGCCAUCAUCAUAUGAUACCCGUGUCCUUUCUCUCUCUUUACUCUCUAUUCUCCCCCUCCUCUUCUUUCCAUUCUUCCGGUUAUUGAUUCCGGUUUCCCCCUUCUCUCUGGCCCUACCCCAUUCAUUUUACGUUCGAAGAGGGGGGGGGGGAGGAAGGAAAGUAAGUGAGGGGGGGGAGAAGAAGAAGAUCAUUCGCACUUUUUCUGGUGGAAGGUGUGUAUGUGUGUGUGCCAUCCAUCGUUAAAAAAACAACAAAAACAAGAUCCGGAAUGUGUGUAGAAACAAAAAUGCCAGUUCUUAACGUCGGAAUUCCGGAAUCCGCGCACACUGUGCCAUCAUUUUUGUUUUUUAAUGACUAGCUCGGAAUUCCGGCCAUUUCUCUCCAUUGAUUGGAUGUGUUUAUCUUCUAUCCUUGUAAAUAUAACACACACACACACAUACGUUAUUAUUCUAAUAAUCUCUCUUUAAAUGAAAAUUACAAAAAAAAAAUUUAAAUUUAAAUUUUCUCUCUCAUCACACGUGAAUAGAAAAGAGACAAAUCGAUUCUGUGACCAUUUUCUAAGCCAUUGUACAUUAAAUAGCGCCGCCGCACUCUUGACCCAAUUCAAAUUCUUUUUUUUUUCUGUUUUCCUCUUUCGUUUGAAAUUUCUUUUUCGUCUCUUCUUAUCGACUCACUCUAAAAUAUUCCAACCGCACGAUCCUAUAGAAUCAAUCAAAGGGGAAAUGUAAUAAUUCUAAAUUGAUGAGAGAGAGAAAAAACCAACAACAACGACCUGUAUAGCAAAAGUCACUUUUUUUUUUCAAAAGUUCCCGCCUAAUUUUUCUGAAACACAAAAUUUUUUUGAAUUAGAAAAAAAAAAUGUCCUGAAUUUUUUUUAAAAAUAUGUUUAUUGAUUUCGGGAGUUUAUCGCACCGUUCGUCACGGAACAAUUCCACGUGCACACGUACACAAAAAAAAAAUCGCCAUUUUCUUUAAAAAAUAAAAUAAAAAUAAAAAAUAAAAUAAAUUGUUUCACCGGAGGGGGGAGUGGAAAGAGGAGGAAAGGAAAUAAGAAGAAAAAAAGGUUCGACCGUCGUAAAUUGGCGUGAAAGUUUCGCCCAAUUUCCACUACCACCCUCUCACAAUUGACACAUUGUGUAUUUCUAUUUGUUAUUAUUACACGCGGGUUGGGAUGAAUUAUCGUUUGUUUCUUUUGUUUUAAUUCCUUCUGGGUAGAUACGAAAAUUAAAGAAAAAAUAAAUAAAUAAUAAAAAAAAAAAAAAAGAAUUACCCCACCCCCUCAAUUUUGUUUCUCGUCCUUGCGUGUGUGUGUGUAAUCAUCAGCUGAGUUUGUGUAUACUGUUUUUCUCUCUCUCUUCUUUGCUGCGUAUAUUACCAAAUAUAUAAAAAUAUAUCUACUAUAAAAAAAAAAUAAGACUUGAUGAGACUUUUUUUCUUGAUGUGAUUAUAUAUUGGCCAAAAUGUAGGUCGAUAUGUUGUUGUUGUUGCUGUUUGUUUGAAACCGACAGACGACCAACGGUACAUUUUUGUGUGUUUUUAUUUUAAAAAAGGAAAAUGAAAAAAAAAAAAAAUUGUUCAGUCUCGGCCGGAUAAGUUCCCGGUUGUGACCUCCAUUGCGUUCGUUCGUGUGUCUUGCGUAAAAGUGGAACGGCUAAUCUUCUUUUGAUAUCGUACCCUCUAUACUACUCCUUUUUUUCCUAGAGAGGGGGAAAAAAACUAAUGAACACACGACGACACACACGACUUAAAUAAAUGAAAAAAGAAAAAACCAAAAUGGCGCGUUUUUUGAACCAACGGAAAAAAAAAAGUUUUUGAAGUGGUAACAGCCGCUGUGUGCAUAUAUAACGGAAGUUGUGUGUAUGCCGUAACGGCUGGUAUUUUAAAUCAUUCUCCCGCGGGAGUUUCUUUUUUUUUCAUUCUUGUCUUCCUGUGACGUCACAAGCCAAAACAAAUCCAAAAGGAGAGAGGGGGGGGAACUGAGAGAGAGAAAAUAAAAUAAAAUUCAAAAUGCCUUGAACACACACACACACACACACAACUGUGCGCGGGAGUGUUUAUAAAUAGUAAGAGGAGAGUCUUGAGGAUCGUCGUCACGCGUUCGUAUUUCUCGGGUCGACGAUUUAUUUUUCCCCCCACCACCACCAAAAACAUCGGGUGUAGAAUUUGUGUCUCUUUUCUUUACUCUAUCGAGUGGUGGUGGUGGUGGCCAGCCCCCAACGGCUAAUCGAUACGGAUAUAUACAUGUGGGGGAAGAGAGAGAAACGACUAGAUAGGUUGCCCCCAUGUAUGGGUGGCGCUCCGGUACUACAUCCGCACGAAAGUAUUUGAUCCAUCGCGCAGAAAGAAAAAGAGAAAAAGAAAAAACUUCAAAGGAGAUCAAAAAUUCUGUGUUCGGUAGGGGAAUCAUAUAUGCACAUUCUGCGAGCUUCUCUUCUCUCUAUAUUUAAAAAAAAAAAAAAAAGCUAGAAAUAUUUUUCUAUCUCCA